AUGCUGUCGCUGUCCGCGCGAGUGGCGCACGGCGUCGUCCGUCCGGCGCGUCUGGGCGAACGCCGGCGACCCGCGCGUCUCGCCGCGUCCGUCCCGUCGCGCGCGCGCCGCGGAAUCAGGCGCCGCGGCACGCGUGCGGCGGCGGCGGCGGAUGACGACGGCGACGACGACGACGACGAGACGACGUUCGACGACGACGAGUACGACGAGGCGUGGACGGACGCCGAGGAGGGGGGCGACGCGACGGGGCGCGAGGAUGACGGGGACGAGACGUCGGACGCGUCCGCGUCCGCGGCGGCGUUCGCGCGGUUCAGCGCGGACCUCGACGCGCGCGCGUUCGGCACGUCCGGUCCGCCGCCCCGCGCGGCGUACGCCGCCGUCGUCGAACCCUCGUCGCCGCCCCCCCAACCCGCCGCGAAGCCCAUGUCCGGCGCGCAGAACGGCGUCUUCAACGUCGGCCUCGUCUCCACCGCGGUGCUCGUGACGUGGGGGGUCAAGCGCGCGGCGGACGCGUUCAACCGGAUCCCGAACCUGAACGCCGAGGAACGGCUGUUGCGGAUGGCGGACUUCGCCGCCGAAGCGCUCGAGCGCGCCAAGGCGAUGCCCGACGGCCCGAGGAAGGACAAGGAGAUCGCGCGCGUCACCGCCCUCAUCGCGGACGUCGACGCGAAGCGGGCCAAGGUGGAAGCCGCGGAGCGGAAGCGCCGCGAGUGGAGUCAACGGGUGAUGCGAGUCGACGAGGACGGCGUGUCGGUGCGAGCCAAACGGGAGGCGGAGAGGCGCGAGCGAAGGGCGCCCGCGUCCGCCCGGCGAGCGCGACGCGCGGGAUCGGACGGCGACGGCGACGACGACGCGCGCGACUCGUCCGCCGCCGAUCUCUCCGACUCCGAUCCCGCCGAUCCCGCCGAAGCCGACGCCUCCGACUCCGAUCCCGCCGAUGCCUCCGAAUUGGAGAGGAGCCGGCGUGAGCGUGAUGCCAGGUACGAGGCGGCGAUGGAGCGGGCGCGGUCGAGGGAGCGCGCGCCCCCCGGCGCGGGCGCGCGGUGGAUGAACGCGACGGAGUACCUGCAGAGACGGAUGGACAAGACCGCGGUGGGGUACCGACCGGAGGAGGGCGUCGAGGGUGACGAGGACGUCGACGAUGAGAACGCCGCCGCCGCCGCCGAGCGCGAGGCUGAGGCUGAGGUCGCGGCCAAGGCCAAGGCUGCGGCGGAGGCUGCCGAGUACAGGCGCAAGGCCGAGGCCGAGGCGGCGGCGAAGGCUGAGGAGGAGGAACGCGAGCUCGAACGCGCGAGGGCGAUGGCUGAGGCUGAGGCGCGCGCGAAGGCGGAGGUGAGACCGAUUCCAUCGACGCCGCCGUCGUUUUCCGGCGAGGCUCCCGUGUUCGAACCGGACAUCGUGGACAACUUCGACGAUCUCAGGGGCGGGAACCUGUCGCCGCAGGACGAGGUGGCGCUGGAACGCGAGAUUCGCAGGCUCGAGGAGCGGUACGGCGACGACAGGAACGUCAGCGCCGAGGAGCUUGACGCGAAAUGCCAGGAGAUCAUCGACCGGUACGGCCUCGGCGAGCGGGAGUUCACGAAGAACGAGACGUACGACCCCGGGACGGAUCCGAAGAUGGCCCCGACGCACUACUCCCAGGAGAACCCGUUCUACUGGCGAACGCUACGCGCGGUGCACCCGAUAUUCGAGGCGGACCCCGCGGCGAAGACGAUGGGCGUGAUGACGAUGAUGAUGACGCCCCCGGGGCUGCCCGCGUACCUCCCCGGGAAUAAGAAACCGGCGGACAGGUUACACGCGAUCGCGUUCGAACGCAGGGAGGACGCCGAACGUUUCUGCUGGUACAUGCGGUCGACGAGGGUGGACGGCGAGGGGGUGUGCACGACGCAGCCCAUGCCGCCGGCGACGCUGGAGGAGAUGGCGAAUGAGACGUCGUACGGGGUCACCGUGGUUGGGGGCGGGCGAGUAGAUCUGAGCCCGUCGCGAAGCGACGUGGAGAUACUGGCGGAGAUCCGGGAGAUCGGGGGCGAGCAGUACCUGUGGGAGUUUGCGCGGUUCACGAGGGACGAGCUCGAGGAGUCCAGGAAGCCGCCGCCGCCCACGGUGCGUUACUGA